AUGCACAACAUCUGCGACGAUCUGAUCUUUUCACAAGGCACAACAAAAUGGCCGCAAGAGAAGGAUCGUAUACUGUUGGCGCCAUAUGAUUAUCUAGACGGACACCCCGGCAAGGACAUACGCUCUCUGCUGAUCGGUGCCUUCAACGCUUGGUUGCAUGUACCUAAGCCGAGUCUCGACAUCAUCACAAGAGUGGUUGGCAUGCUGCACACAGCGUCACUACUCAUAGACGAUGUCGAGGACUCUUCCGUCCUACGUCGAGGCGUGCCCGUCGCACACAACAUCUUCGGUACUGCUCAGACCAUCAACUCGGCCAACUACGUCUACUUCUGCGCUCUGCGCGAGCUCAUGAAGCUGAACAACCCUCGGGCCAUCGAGAUAUACAACGAUGAGCUACUGAAUCUACACCGAGGCCAAGGCAUGGAUCUGUUCUGGAGGGACUCGUUGACCUGUCCUUCCGAGCACGACUACCUCGAGAUGGUCGGCAACAAGACCGGUGGUCUAUUCCGUCUAGCCAUCAAACUCAUGCAGGCAGAAAGCAGUGUUCCCAUCGACUGCGUCCCUCUAUGCAACACAAUCGGCCUACUCUACCAGAUCCGCGACGACUACAAAAACCUCUCCGACACAAUCUACACCCAAAACAAGGGUCUUUGUGAAGAUCUGACUGAGGGCAAGUUCUCCUUUCCAGUCAUCCACAGCAUUCGUUCCGAUCCGCAGAAUCUUGUUCUCAUCAACAUACUCAAGCAAAAGCCGCAAGAUGAAGAGAUCAAGAGAUAUGCCGUCAAGUAUAUGGAAAAGACUGGCAGUUUCGCAUACUCGCGAAGGGUGUUGAGGGGUCUGGCGGAGAAGGCCCUUGGACUGGUUAAUGAGCUCGACAAGGAUCGCAACGAGGGUGCGGCAAUCCGGAAGAUACUCGACAAGAUGCAGGUCGAUGAACCCCAUGAACUUGAACGUACACUUUCUACCUCUUCGUCAUCGUCUUAG